ACAACACUGCAGUGACAUGUUAUCCACCUGGUUAGGAAAGUUUUUUUCCAGAGGUUACCAAGGCCGGCUGAUUUGGUGGGGCCUUCCAUUCAGCCUGGACAGCACGAAGGCUCCUCACUGGGAAGAAUAGAUAAUCUGCAGUGUAGGGCCUACCAUGAUUGCUACAGGAGGCCUUCUGAGAAUUUCAGCCAGGAAGCAAGAUUCCUUCCGCUCCAGAAAUCGUGUUAAUGCUCGCAAACAGAAGGUCAAAAAGAAACGGAAGAAUGAUGUGGUAGUGGUAAAGGGCAAAGUGAAGGUGUGCUCUGUUUCUGGACUUAUUGCAGUCUUUGGUAUUUUUGUUCUUCUUGUGGGGAUUGGAAUGGCAGUCAUGGGUUACUGGCCUAAAAAACACCAGAUGUUCGAAGACAGGCCUUCCAACAAGUCUCCAAAGACCCUUCAUGAGACUAGUUUAUUUUCAUCUAGAAAUUGGUCCAAGGUUAACCAGAUCACUUAUCAAGCUGGUUUUGAAGUAUCAAAUGGCAGCCGCACAAAUGUCACUAAUUCAGAGGCUUCUCCUGUUGGGUUUUGGACAGAAAUACUUUCCAGAUACUUGCAUUCUGACAAGCUCAAAGUAUUUGGACCUUUGAUCAUGGGUAUUGGGAUAUUCCUUUUUAUCUGUGCUAAUGCGGUACUCCAUGAAAACAGAGACAAAAAGACAAAAAUAAUUAACUUAAGAGACAUUUAUUCCACUGUAAUAGAUAUUCACAGUUUGAGGACCAAAGAUAACAACACUCCAAUAAAUGGUUUUGUUAACUAUGUACAGUCUAGCAAUAUAAAACCUUCAGACUCUUUCAGUGCUGCAGUAUUGGCCAAAAGCUCUUUGCAGUCACCUCUAGAAGGCCCUGUAAAACAGUCACCUGAGCAGAGCGAAACAAAAGCUGCCAUUCGUCAUGGAUCUGUAACACAGUUACCUAAUGCUCCAAAGGACAAAAAGACUUUGGCAGAUACAGUCUAUAGUAUUUACAGAGAGCGGUAUACAGCGAAUGGCAAGGAUUCCAUGCUCCAGAAAUGUGAAACCAAGUCCAUAGUUACAUCUUCCAUCUCUGCUUUUACACUGCCAGUCAUAAAAUUAAACAACUGUCUUCUAGAUGAAGGCAGCGGUAGACAGAAUGAAGACAGUGCCAUAGAAAUCACAGACUCGUCUAUCAAUGUAAAUCCAUCAGUGGUGGAUGAUUCUGAUGCGGACUGUGAUCUCAAGGGCAACAAAUAUGAAGAAGAAGAAAGAGAUGAUCCAAAUGAAGGGGGGAGUACAAAUGUUAAUGAUUCCAUUAAAAAAGAAACUUGUUUAAGUAAUCAGGGCAGUGACUGCCCAUCAAAAAAGCAAAAUUGCCAUGAGCAGGACUGCCAUCAACAGGUAGGUUUUCCAACGUCACGUGCUCCAGGUACGUGCAUAGAUCAUUCUGUUUGUGCUCCCACUUCGGGUUCCAAUGCAGUGAAUCAAAAUGAUUGUCCGUCCCCUUUGGAAAUGCAGGAUGUAACAAAAGAUCAUUGUUCCUCUGCCUUGGAGUCUUCAGAUAAUAAGGGCUACCUUAACCUAGGAAUGGAAGACAACUCAUUUGAUUCAUCAGACCUUUCAGAUUGUGUACCCGAGGACUGUCCCGUGGUUUCAAAUCAGAAUUCAAGCAUUGAAAACACUGAAGAAGAGACAGUUUCUAAAAAUCAGAAAAUAAUUCAGAGGCAGUAUACAAACAAAGAAAAACUGGUUAUGAUUUCACAUUCUCAUACAUCUAUACAAAUGUGUGACAGUGAUUUAGAAAGCAGUGAUAUCUGAAGCUCUGAAGGUUCCUUUCCGUAUUUAGCUUUCUUUCCUUAAUAGUAUACUGGGCUGUUGGAAACUCUGAAGAAGUCCAUAUACAACUGUUUUAAAUUAAUGGAUUGUCUACCUUCUGCAAGGGGUUACUGACAAACUAGAUUUCAGAAUACGUGUCUAUGUUAUGCCCUGUAUGAAGCAUACAAUCUGAAGUUGCAAAAUAGCAACACUCCACCCUAAUUUUAAUUUCUCAAACAUAUCAUUUUUAGGGCUAUGGCUGUGUCUGCUCAACAGUCGUUUCUGAUCUUUGACUGUAUCGGCAAUAUUUAUUUGCACCAAAUAUACCCUCCCCAGUAUAUAGCCGUUGCUUUUUUUUUACUGUUGCAUAAGGAUUGAAUUCUCAUAGUUCCACUUGAUGAAUUUUAGGCAUCGUAGAGCUCCUUGGGAUGCUGACUUUGUUUAAAAAGUAUUAAAAGCUGCAGUCUAUUCAUACCUUUAGUAACUUUAAUUCUGAAGGCUGGAUAAACUGUGUGUCAGACAGUGUAAAUGUAAUUAUUCAUUUAAUUAAGAUUACAGCAGAAUAGAGUACAUAGCUACACAUUUGCUGUUGAAAAUAUGAGCACAUAAUAAACAUCCUAAAAAAUUAACAAG